GUUUGCGUCGGUGAUUAUGGCAUUGGUGCAGUUAAUCAUUGGCACCAUAAUGGGGUUCUCUGGUAUAACACUCCUCGAGCUCACCAGCCAAGACUCACAGGAUAUCCGGCUCAACCCAACACAAGCGGCGCUCUACAGCAGUACAGUGAACAUCGGUGCUGCCGUAGGGUGCCUUGUAGGAGGGGCCGUCCUGGUCAGGCUGGGUCAUCGGGUGACGCUGUUAGUGACUCUGCCCGUCACGGCGGCUCUCUGGCUCUUACUCUCCUUCUCCCCCAGUGCCUGGGUGCUCCUCACAUCCCGCUCACUCCUCGGUGCCGCUGCUGGCGUGAUGUCAUCCGGUUCUAGCCCCUACGUCAUCGAGAUUGCUCACAAGAGUAAUCGUGGAAGUCUGGUCGGCCUUACCACAUUAGCGAGACAAAUGGGGGUAUUUUUGGUGUCUGCUCUUGGGGGUUUGAAGUUCGACUGGCGACAGAUGGGCUUCGUUUUCUGUGGAGUCUCUGUAAUUCCCUUCAUUGGUCUGUUCUUACUGCCAAAUUCUCCUCGCUGGCUCGUUGUCCUAGGUCGUGUCUCAGAGGCUGAGAAAGCUCUAACUUUCUUCAGAGGUAAACACUACGACUCCAAGACAGAGUUAAUGUCCAUGAAAGAAGAAGUUGAAGGUUCAGACAAAACAAAGACUACUGUUUGGCAGCAACUCGGCGGCCUCUUAGAACCAUCAACAUGUCGUAUAUUUUGUUGGUUGGCGUUUCUGAAUAUCUUGGUGGCCUUUAAUGGGUGUUUAGUGCUGGCAAGUUACUUGGUGCCCAUCUUCAAGGUGGCGCAGACCGACAUAGAUGCCUACACCUGCGCCAUGAUAUUUUCCUUCUUCAGGGUCGUCGGGUCCGUAGUGUACAUCUUUAUAGUUGACCGUCUGGGCCGUAAACCCUUGAUCAUUGUCUCGUAUUCUGUCGCUGCUGUGAGUAUGGCUGUAUUCGGUGGGUACUUCUACCUUCAGACGACGGGGAGUGCCGACACCCUGGGCUGGCUCCCAGUUACUGUAGCAGUUAUCUUCAUCUUUUUUGCUGGUAUUGGCCAGCCAGUGUUUUCAGUGUUGGCGGGAGAACUGAUGCCAAUAUCUUCCCGAAGUGUUGGUUAUUCAUUUCAACUGUUAAUCGUAAUGCUGGGAUCAUUUAUAUCAGUUCAGCUUUACCCAUCGGCAGUAGAGGCAGUUGGCGAGGACCUGGUUUUCUGGUUCUUCAGCGGUAUAUGUGUGACAAUCACCAUCGUUAGCGCUGUCGCCUUGCCGGAGACAAAGGGACGCUCCCUCGAAGAGAUCACAGGACAGGUGAACAACCAAGUUGCUACAAUAUAAAAGAAAUUCUCAGCUUCUAACAUUUGACGAUUAAGACUUCUUACUGACACUCGUCCAUGCCAGAAGCUCUCAAAGUCCCUAUUGUCAACACUGACUACACAGCCACAGUGCUCAAACACAGGAAGUCACAACACUGACUGUGCCCACGUCAUACACUCGCUGUCAGUUUGGCAUCACUUGGAAAUUUCAAAUUAAAGACAAAAGUUGUAUUAAAAUCUUAUAAUCGUAAGGUUGAAAUAUAGAUGUUCAUGUAUAUCUACGACAGACAUUGCCCAUACACAGGUGUUUGUGUUACAUACUGUAUAGUAUAUUGUACCCAAUACAAAAGAUGUAUAAACGGGCCAAAUAAUUUCUAGAACUUAAUGUAUAAUCCGGAAGAGUUUGACAUAAUUAUAUAUGUAUAAAGUGACAGGACGUUUGUGGGUGGGUGGUCCUGAACCAGUGGCUGAUUUUGUGUGAAAGUUACAGAUUCCUGCCAUUUUGUCAAUUUUCCUCUCUUGUGAAAUAUGUCCCGCGGACGGUCAUGGGGACAAGUUCAAGUUCAUGACUGUGGAUAGGAGAGUUGUUUAUCCAUAUGGGAGUUCACGUCUUCAAGGGGGUGUACAGUAUAUGUAGUUUCAGUGUUGGAACCUUAAGAAACAAGUAUUUUUCAUUUACUGUGAAUUAUUAACAAAAAAUACGAAGAUUUUCAUUAUUUUUUUUUACUUUCUAACAAUUACUUAAUAUGUUGUAGUGGUCAGGGUUUUACAAUAAUUUUAGUUGACAAUAUUCAGCUUUAGAUAGUCUAGUAAGUUGCCAGCUUGGAGGGGUAUUCACUCUUUUUUCUAGUUGCCAGCUUGGAGGAGUAGUCACUCGUUUUUCUAGAUGCCAGCGUGUCCCUAUCUAUCAUUGUGACUCUCAAAGUGAUUAAUGUUAAAAAAUAUCACAAACAGAAUCGGAACAUCCGUUUUUUUAGUAGCAUGAAUUAAUCAUCUACUAUCCUAACUUAAUUAAAGAUAUUAUCAGAUAAUUCCAUUUGAUGAAUUUAAAAUAAGUUUCAGCCAUUUUUUUAGGAUAAAAUAUAAAUAGCUCACAAUCCUUGUUCGUGGUAAUUUUAUAACAUUUCAAAUUCCCCAAGUAAUCAGUCAUUGACUUGAGUGACGGCGUGAGGGAAGGGUGUGUGACAAUUGCUCCGUGAUAUCUACCUUGUACAAGUAAGUACGGUACUCAUAUUUUAUCCACUUUUCAUUUGUGUAAACUCAAUCAGAUGUUGGUUAAUCAUGUUAUUUAAAUAAACAUUUACUAAGUUACUCCAUUAAUGUGCUGAUUUGUUGGUAUGUUUUCUGGUAAUGGUAAUGAGUGUUUGAGAUCUGGAGAUUUCAGUGUUUAAUCUGGCGUCUCUACUAACGGUUUGUUUUCCUCGGAAUUUUCACUCUAACGUUUGUAUAACUAUAAAAAGCAAUGGUGUUAAAGAUAAAAGGAAAAAAUAAAUGACGAAAUUAUUAAAGGUGUUUACGGGGAAUUGUCAAAUAUCAUCACGUGAAGAUUAGGCAACCCAAAUGGACUUAAAAUCCUCCUAAAAUUAAUCAAAUGCAACGAUCUAACGGUAGAUUUAAUUAGUUAUUGUAAAUUAGGACUUGGUUAGUUUAUUUGGUUCUUGGGGGAUUCUGAGGGUUUGGAAGAUGUUAUCAGAAAGUAAAGACAACUCCUUGAUGUUUAGGUAAGGGACGUCAGUGGAGUGGGUUCAUGCAGUGCCUGUAGGUGUGUCGUGUUGGUAGAUGAUGAACAAAAGGACUUGGGGACUAUUCUUACUGCCACUCAUAUUACAACUACUGUCAUGACUUUGGCCACCUAUGUUAUCUUGGGAGAGGGACCAGUUCUUGAGUUCAUUGGCAAUACAUAAAGCAAAGGAAGCACCAGUCGUUCUGUGGGCUGGGAGGAAGGACAUAAAAUUCUCAUGAAUCUCCAAACGGUCAUUUAACUUAUUUUUUACAACACAGUGCAGAUGAAGGGAGAUUUGCUCAGUUCCACUAACAUCAAUAAUGUCAUCAGCCUAGAUAGCAUACAAUUGGAUUUACUUUCCUAGAAUGUGUAUCAGUUCAUUUCGGGUGCAAUGGCUGGUGUGUUCGGCAGUGAGGGGGAGGGACCUUGACAAAAUGCUCAGCAACAUCAGGUUAGAUCUAAGAGAGCUUUGAAAUUACUUAUUUGAGUAAGGUCUCUAAUGGUGAGGCCCCGCUGCUGGCCAAGGAGGACGAGGGUAUUGACGGUAGACCAGAGACCUUUGGUGUUGUUGUAGUGGACGUACACUAUACCACGAACACCUACAUUGUAUUUAAGUUCCUCGUAAUUUCUCUCUUGGUUCAUGUACAGUAUACAUGCUUUUGUUGGGCUUGAUGAAAGUUCUUGAGGAAGUCUGUAGCCAAGGACACAGAUGGUAAGUGUUUUAUUGGCACCAAUAUGGCCUGAUGACAUGGUGGACCUAAGCCAGAUAUGAGAUGACCUGGACCACUGUGUACUGCUCUGCCUCUCUCUCGCAGUUAAAUUUACACAGUUCAGGAUUUUUUAUAUACAUGUACCUAUUUUACUAGCCAGCCACGUGUCCCUUGAAAAGUAUAUAGCCUAUAUUUUUAUUAAUAUUGGUCUUUUCCUCAACUAUUAGUGCUUAUAAAGCUUCUGAAAAUCCUACCACAUUCUCUACCUUGGGAAUUGCACCCAAAUAACAGCUGUAAUAUCUUGUUAACUUUAUUUUGCUGAGGUCUCUGUAGUUCAAACAGCAGACAAAGUCUCUAAGGACCUUUCUCAGUAUAUAACGAGGUUUACAUGUAGCAAAGGUCCUGUCAUCAGAGAGUAGGUGGGAGUUGGUACAAGUGGUGUAUCAAUGCCUUCAGGGAGCUAAUGUAUUACUCUCUCACUGGCCUCACUUUGCAAAUGGUUCUACAGUUUUGUGGUCACACAGUUUUCAGCCAUUCUUUGAUGUUAGAGGAACAUUCUUUACUUAGUGAACAAACAUCUAUGAAAUCAUACUGCUUCUAGAUGGGAGAGAACUAAAUUUCACUAAAAUGUAAAAUAUUCUAAUAAAACUAAAAUAAUCUUCUAGGAACAUUCAUUAAGCAACAUCACUCCCACUGCCUCCUUUAUCUGGCUCUCCCCUGCCCUCAGUAGAUGGUAGCACGAACAGGAGAGUUGUACACGAGCACUGGCCAGUAGCAUCUAUGCACAUCAUGUAUGAUUCCGGCAUCAACGUGUAGAUAAAUAAUCUCUCUCUUCUAUUUUUAAUUUCUUUUACCCU